AUGGGCAUGUUCGUCUUGUUGUUGGGGCUGUUCGUGUGGUCAGAGGAGUCGUUGGUGGCGCACGCGUUCCCGCGCUCGCCGUUGGCGGCGGCGCUGCAGGGCGCGGUGCAGAACGCGCGCCGCUGCCCGCCCCUCAGCGACGUGGCGUCGCUGAGUUUCGCGGAGCAGCCGCGCAUCGUGGUGCGCGAUGAUGAGCAGUUCGCGUGCAAGCGCCUAAUCGAGUGCGACGUGAUGACGUCGCCGCCGGAGGUGAGGAGUUUUUCUGGGGGGAGAGCGGGGGGAAUGCCCGCCAAACUUGGGGUGGCGAGUUUGGCGGGGGAUUCUCGGACGUGCGUGACGUCCGCCGCAAAACAAAUAGUGGGAUUUUGGGCCGGCCAGACAUCAAUUAUCAGUCUGUCGGGAAAAUAAUGAGUCUUGUCGGUGUCGCGUAGCAAGUCUGCAGCCCUCGGCUAGUUGUCGCAAAUUCAUCAUAAGCGAUGCCAAAGCAUGACAAAUCCAUAUUAUUUUCCCGACAGACUUUUUAUCAGUCUGUCGGGAAAAUAAUGAGUCUUGUCGCUGUCGCGAACCAAGUCGCUUGAUGGGCAAUUUCGAGGCGCGACAAAUCCACAUUAUUUUCCCGACAGGCGUUAUAUCAGUCUGUCGGGAAAAUAAUGAGUCUUGUCGCUGUCGCGUACCAAGUCUGCAACCCGUCGGCUAGUUGUCGCAAAUUCAUCAUAAGCGAUGCCACAGCAUGAAAAAUCCAUAUUAUUUUCCCGACAGACUUUUUAUCAGUCUGUCGGGAAAGUAAUGAGCAUUCUGUCGCAUCGAAAAUCGCACGUGAAAAUAACUUGUGUCGCGAGAAAAUCGAUUUUUUUUUACUUCAUCGGCGCAGUGACAUUGCUUUCAUUAUUUUCCCGACAGACUGAUAAAAUGAUGACUAUAUUUUUUUAUUCUUUUCUCUCUCAAAUUGCAUCCUUUCUUCUUGCUUAUUUUCCUGUUUUUCCAAUCUAACAUCCCUCCAAAACCACUAAGCCGGCGGUCAAAAUCUCGAAUCUUUCCCGCCACGAAACCUGCACCAUGCAGUUCAUCUUUGCGCGCCGUCCCCCGGGGACGCCGUAAAUUAAAGCAGCCCCACUCUGCCGUCGUGAUGUCAAAUAAAACUCCAAAUUAAAACCUGAGCAAACAAAUCGACCGGUAAUCUUUUUCCUCCCCUUUUUUCGGGUGGAAUUCGCAUCAGGUGAAACAUGCAGGUGAUUUUGUGUGCAGAACUGAAAUUCCCCGAAAUAUUACCGUAUGAAAAGGUUGGAGAGUGAAAAAGAAAUCAAAGAUGAACCCAGUUGGGCAGGUGUUAGACUGAACAGUGGCGACAGAGAACAUACCAACAUCUUUUGGAAGGAUUUUAAAGUGAUUUUACAAGGUUCCUGGGAUUUUAAAGCAGAUUUAUAUACAAGGAAAGUACCUCUCAGAUUUUAUUUAAAUUUUGCAUACAACUCCAGCAUAAGCCAAGUAUCAAUUCCUGAAAGUUUUAGCUUGCGCUUUGGAACCGCUGCCGAGAUAUUGAACGAUCUUUAAAACCUAGAGAGCACGCGAAAUGCGGAGGGCGGUCAGAGAGAAACCCUUGUUUUGGCCAUAACUUUGCCCUUUUCGCGCGGAAAGAUUAGAUUUUUUUUCGAAAUAUUACUCUUUACGGUAGAAAUAGACAUCAAACUUUUCAUGGUGAAAUUGGCAAAAAGUGUCAAAAUUUUUGCUAACUCUCGUUCCAAAAAUCUCGGUUGUUUCUGCAAAGCGCGAGCUAGGAUUCUCGCAUAUAUCUUUGAAAAAAUUCUUCUAAAUUUGUGCCAAGUUUCAUCAAAAUCUGAACGUCGCAAUAUAAUUUCCCGUAGGGCAAAAAUUAAGGCAAAAAUUGGAGAACAUGAUGUUUUUUUCCAAAAUUUACGGGACUAUCUUGUCUUCUUCUGCCCUCUUUUCUCUUCAUCUAGCCUAAAAUCGAUCUCUAGCCGUCUUAAAACUCUCUCAACGCAUUUUCAAAACUAAAAAUCAUCCAAAAAAUACCCCAAUUUUCAGACAAAUGUCUACUGGUUCGUGAACAAGCAGUUGGUGCAUUCAGUGGCGCAGCGCGACAUCACGUUAGAGGGCAACCCAGAGCAGACCAUUCUCGGCGUCAGCCAGACCCGGCAUCGGUUCUGUCUGGACCCGUUCUUGAAGCCGAACCAGGAGAACACUGUGAGUUGCAGGGUGCAGAGCAGCUGCAAGUCCGACGUCAUCAUCGAGAGUCCGCCAUUGGUGACGAUGGGACCAUGUAAGUGAAUUUUUGAAGCUUAUUGUUAGAUUUUUGGAAAUUUCGAGAUUUUAAAAAUUUUUCAAUUUUUUUUGUUUUUGGUCCCCUCUUACCCCAUUUUUAGUUCAAAAGUGCCUUAAUUUUUUGUACACAGUCCUAGGACCAUGAUGCUUCAUUCCCAAAAAAAAUUCUACAGUAACUUUCUCGCAUCUUUUUUGCAAUUUUUUCACAUUACUCUGUCGGGAAAAUAAUGGGUCUCGCUUUGUCGAUGUCGCACACCAAGUCCCCAGCCCUCGGCUAGCCGUCGCAAAUCGACGAUGAGCAAUGCCAAAGCGCGAAAAAUCGACAUUAUUUUCCCGACAGCUUGAUAUCGGUCUGUCGGGAAAAUAAUGAGCACUCCGUCGAUUUCCUUUUCCAUUCAGCGACGUGAGCAGCGACAUUAUGCUCAUUAUUUUCCCGACAAAUAACGUCAAACUCAUAUCCGGUGGAUCCCAUGACUUUGGCCUUUACCUCCGCAUUGUAGUCGGUGUGAAAUUUGUUUUUGUAUUCUCGAGGAGUUCGCGAGAAGCCGCGGGCUUCUGCCGAAGCCCCGUGAGGCUACAAUUUUUCGAAUUUUCGAGCGACGUCAAAUGUCGUCAGAUAGUGAAAGCGACUAAAAAGUAGGCUACAACUGGGACGGGGGGUAGUUGUAAAUUUCGACAGGAUUUUUGAAAUUUUGAGUGACUGAAAGAAAUAGGAUUUUUUUUUGAAAAUUCGACCAAAUUAUGCAAAUUUCGUAAAAAAAAUAAUAUUUAAAAAUUUUCGAAAUUCUAACACAAAAAAAUUUAAUUACAGUAAGACAGUAUACAAUGAAUUGUGAGGGACCAAUAAAUUUGUUCGUUACAGAGAGGUUUCGUUGUACGGAGCUGCAUUUAGGCUUAUAAUUGACUUUUGGGGCCUCUAAAAUUGUCGGUUAUCGACAGUGUUCGUUGUAAGGAAGUUUGUUCUACAGAGGCUACACUCUACAUAUUUUUUUCGAAAAAAUUUUUUUUUCGAUAGUUUUUUUCUUUUCUUUAUUCUUUUUGCUGCAUUAAUUUUUACGUAUUUCUCAUCAUUCCAAAUUCUAAAAUCAUAGGCGCAGAGCGCGGGAAAUCCCUCCGAAUUCUCCAGAGGAUGUCAUAUUUUAUGUACAAGGGUAAAUUGGAAAUACUUUGGCUGCACUUUAUGUAUAUGCUACCGUAAAGCCUGGGAAUUUAAUGGGUUUGGAAUGUAAUGGAACUUUUGUGCCGAAAACUCCCAUACAACAAAGACUGUCUAUAACAAUGAAUUUUUGAGGUCAUAAAAGUUAAUUUUAGACCAAAAUAAGUCUUCGUACAAUAAAGAUUGUCUACUAGCCCCUCCGGAAAGUCGCCGGUUUCAUUUUUGUCACUUGACCGGUACGAAAACAAAAGUUUUUUUGCACUGUGCAAUUUUUCCUUUUUGCACUGUGCGAUAGGCUUUUUUGGGCUGUCGCUCGCACCCUCAAUUUUUUCGCACAGUGCAAACGCCAGAAAUGUGUCCGGCGACAUGCACGGUGCAAAAACAAAAGCUUUCUUUGCACUGUGCAAUUUCUUGCAUUUUGCACCGUGCAAUAGGCUUUUUUUCGGCUGUCGCUCGCACUCCGACUUUUUUGCACAGUGCACACGCCAAAAAUCAAUCCGACGAUUUUUUCGGAAGGAUUAGUAUAACAAACAAUUUGUUUGUCCUUUAUGACUGUUGUGCAGACAUUUUACUGUACAAAAAAUGUUUUAUUUUUAAAAUUAAAAAAAAUUUUUUUUUUCUAAAAAAUUGUACAAAAAUUUUUCUGAAAAAGUCCAUAAAUAUCUCUAUAACGAAUAAAACUCUUGUUCCCUUGCGAUUCGUUAUACAGAGGUUUUACUGUAUUUUCACUUUUUUCAAAAGCAACUUUACAACAUUUUCAUUUUAUCAUUUCUUCAGCCCACAACAGCCCGCUGACGAAAUACUCGCCUCAGGCGCCACUCAUCACACUGGUCACGGCAACGCGAAUGGAGAUUGCGGGCCAGUUUGUGCAACUAUUUUGUCACGCCACCGGCAAACCCAAACCCAACAUCGAGUGGAUGGUGCUGGAUGAUGCGGACGAGAGCAAGGUGUAUCCGAUCUCCGACUUCAAAGACUUUAUUUAUGUGAGUUUCAAGUUCAUUUGGGUAUAGGUUUGUAUUUUUUUUUCUUUUUUUUGACUGGUAAAUAGGAACCCAAUUUCGGCCGCACUAACAAAUGCGCAGAUGUUUUUUGCACUUUUCUGACGCCUGAGACAACCAUUUUAGGUAGAAAUGAAUAAUUAACAGCGGGUUCCGAAGGCUGACGUCAAUUUCACGACCAUUGAAAAAAUCAAGGGUUCUUGCAAUUUUGAAUUGAAAAAUUGAAAUACAAAUGUUAGUACAACUAGUAUUCCCUAGGGUUUACUGUAGAUGUAGCAUAGAACCGAAGCCUUUAGUUGGACUAGAAGUUAUUUUCGAAAGGCCAAAUAUACUCGAGGUUUGGCUAUAUUAUUCAUGGCGUCCAUUAAAUUGAGUGGCCUUAAAAGAACACAGAUUAAAUUGUUUCGCUAUAGCAUAGUUUAAUAAUGCUGGCGCUAUAAUGCAGCCUACAUAAAAGCCCUUUAUGCGCCAUGCCACACGUCACGUAGGCUAAUUCGAGCUUUGAGUUUUAGGGAUAUUAUUCAUGACAUCCAUUGGUAUGGGUGACUUCAGAAAAAUAGAGUAUAUCUUUAAGGCGCCAAGAGCUGUGAUGAAAAGUCUUGGCAUGCGCAUAGAACCUUAGAUGGGCUUUCAGAGGAUAUGUAAUUUAUUCUCCAGUCUAAAUCCACCACUGAGAUAUCAUUAUAUUAGCCAUGACAGCCAUUAGUGUCGAUGACCUCAGAAGAAUAGUGCAAUAGGGUCAACCAGUUACGAGCUGCGUUCCCCAGUUGUGGCUGUAGCAUAGUAGGCUUCAAGGGCUUUCCAACAGUACAUAACCCGUUGUGCUGUCAUAUUUCAUCUUUGAAAUAUAACUAUAUUAUCCAUGACAUCAAAAAAAGUUUUUUGAUGUCAUGGAUAAUAUUAUAUUCCAACUGUGAUAUUUUCACCCUAUCCUAACUCCUUGCUCUUGCAGGUGCUCGACGGUGGCGACGUGCUAAUAAACACGGCGGCGACAGAUCGCGCCUCCAUCACGCUGCAAUGCAACGCCAGCAACGAGGACGGCUACGACGCGGCGGAGUCCUCACUAAUAAUCCUAGCGCCCAACGAUAGCCAGUCGUAA